AUGCUGCCGGAUUUAUCGCGCCCCAAGGCCUCAAGGCGCCGCAUGCUCCCGGGACUGCAAGGAGGCCAGCGAGCUGGCGCGUGGCUCGGCGGGGGCGUCCAACACUCGCGGCGGACAGCGAGCCCAGCAAGUCGCGCCCAGGAGUCUGAACUGCAUCCCGAGCGAGAAGAGGCAGCGCCGGCGCUGGAGGCGGAGCGCGAACCUGCUCUGGUUUGCAUUUGCGCGGAGAUGGCGCGGGCAGAGGCAGUGGGGUCCAGAGCAGGGGCGUUCCGAGGCUUGGCUGAGGCGGAGAGGCUGAUUGAGAGCCUGGUGCCCCAGUCAGCGCCGGGGGAGCUGGUUGGCGCCAGGGGAGCUGGUCGGCGCCAGGGGGAGCUGGUCAGCGCCGGGGGAACUGGUCGGCGCCGGGGUGGGCUGAGAGCCUGGUGCCCCAGGACCUGUCAGCGCCAGGGGAGCUGGUCGGCGCCGGGGGAGCUGGUCAGCGCCGGGGUGGGCUGA